ACAUCAUACUGUAGCGUGGCGAGGGCGGACCGUGUGACGUAGAGCUGAGGCUCUGGCUGUUUAUUGUUCCUUCCUCAACACCGACAGAGAAAAACAGGCUAACAAGCUGUCAGCUACCAUUUUCACACGGCUCACUGUUGUUUUAACGAAGGUGUAACGGUCGAAACAGCUGACUGCACAAACCAGGGGCCAUGGCGUAUGCGUACCUCUUCAAAUACAUCAUCAUCGGAGACACGGGUGUGGGGAAGUCAUGUCUAUUACUACAGUUCACAGACAAGAGGUUUCAGCCAGUUCACGAUCUCACUAUCGGUGUGGAGUUCGGAGCGAGGAUGAUCACUAUAGAUGGCAAACAGAUCAAACUGCAGAUCUGGGAUACGGCUGGUCAGGAGUCGUUCCGGUCCAUCACCAGGUCUUACUACAGAGGAGCAGCAGGAGCUCUGCUAGUCUAUGACAUCACAAGAAGGGACACCUUCAACCACUUGACGACCUGGUUAGAGGACGCACGCCAGCAUUCCAACUCCAAUAUGGUCAUCAUGCUCAUCGGCAACAAGAGUGACCUGGAGUCGAGGAGAGAGGUGAAGAAAGAGGAAGGUGAAGCAUUUGCCAGAGAACAUGGCCUCAUAUUCAUGGAGACUUCAGCCAAGACUGCCUCUAAUGUAGAGGAGGCUUUCAUCAACACAGCCAAGGAGAUCUAUGAGAAGAUCCAGGAGGGAGUGUUUGAUAUCAACAAUGAGGCUAACGGUAUUAAGAUUGGACCCCAGCAUCCUACCACCAACUCCACACUGUCCGGUAGCCAGGGAGGCCAACAGGCUGGAGGGGGCUGCUGCUGAAGCCCCAACACACCUCCUCCUCCUUCAACCCAACCCUCCCCCCUCCUCCUCGCCCUCUCCGACUCUCCCUUGCGUUUCUACAGAACUGUCCAGGCUCACUUAACAGUUUGUUAACCUCCCUCCCUCUCUACCGAUCCAUUCUUUCAACCAUCCCUGCCUCUCUGUCUUUUUCUCUCUCUCGUUCCUAAGUCCCUUAAUCAUACCUAAGGGUCUUGGGCUGUGUCCCCUUAAAUCAACCUGACUUCCUGCAGUCAGCUUCUCCUGCAGGUCUAGCCACCAAAUUCUGAAGUUUUGCAGUUCACCUUUUUUUUUUUUUUUGGGUUAGAUAAAUGGAUUUUUAUCUUUUUAUUUAAAGAAAUGCUGGAAUGUGAAGAAUUCUAUUCCAGUAGUUUGAUUUGCACACUCCUCUUAAUUGAUGAGGAUGUUUUGGGGAUAUUACAGUACCUCAGAAUCAUAGAAAAUCAAUAUCUUCAGAAACAAUGAGGUUGUGGGUAGAGAUUAAAAACACCCUUAACUGGCUAUGGAAUAAAAUAUGCACUGUGUUGUGUCUAUACACACAUGUUUCAGAGAAAAAUUACGCAGCCCGUUGAUAGCAGGACGUGUUUCUACAUGUUGAGUCAGUUUUCCUGCUGUGCCUGUGUGUAUAGGGGCGAUAUAGGUAUUCCAGUGUCAGUUUGAGGUGUAGGAGGCAUUCAAGUGAAGUCACUCUGUAUCUUCUGUCCAUAAAAACAAAGUGCAAAUUAUGAUGUUAUUUUGUGUUUCCUUUCCCUAUUUUUCGUGUUAUUUUCCCCUCUCUCUUUGUGUCUUUUUUGUUGACUUGCAAAUGCUUUGUAUUUAAUGAACACUACAAACUGGUUGUGGCUUAAAAAAAAAAAGUGUUUUAAAUUGUCUGGAGAGAAUAAAAGACCAAACAGUUGAGUGUGAAAAUGGCUCCUUUUAGGAACGACAGAAAGGAAAAGAAGGAAAGAUAAAGAAACGUUGAGGGGUAUUGAGAGCAGCGGCCGCCAUUAUGAAGUUAAGAAGUAAAAAGAGGAAAUGGAUUGCAAAUCGAGACUUUUUUGUUAACUAUAUUUAUCGGGCACAUUUCUGUGUAUAUAUGGCUCUUUAGGUUUCUGUAGCUUCUUUGGCUGUUUAAGGUGAAGCUUGGCGUGUUGUUGUGGUCUAGUUAUUUCUUUACCAGGGCUGAAAAAAAGACCUUGAAGCUGGUUUUCUUUAACAUUUUUAACAACUCAUUUAAACCCAAAGGUACUGAGCCGCCCUGUUACAUUAGGGUUGGUGGUGCCCUUUCUUUUGAAUGACAAGUAUGAAUGAUAACAGGCUGUUAACGGGGCCGUGUAGAGGCAUUGAAAGUCCCUGGUGAAGAACAGACUCUAACUGAAAAUGUCAAGGCGUCUCCCUUUUAAGCAGGCAAAGAUUUCCACCAUGAAUUAGCUGGCAGAUAUAUAAUGUAUACUGUUUAGAGCUUGAUCGAUGACUGCUGCAUUGUUUUUUUGCUUCGAGCUCCCCGAUGUAUUGGGCAUCAUUUUACUGUUAUGAUCAUAUUUUACUACUUGAGUUACUUAUUGUUCAUCCUCUCAUCCCCACUUCUUCGCUCUUUCUCAGACUCUGUGGUAACAUUAGCUCUGUAUCUAUUUUGAAUGCCAAAUUAUUGUUUACCUGUGUUUUGUCAGAAAAAAACAGAGGAAAAGAAUCAACUAAGCCCCUAUAAUCUGUCCUGAAAUCAGCUGCCUGCCUUAACUCCACCCCCCUGAGAGAUUUGGACAGCUGCUAAAACGAAUCCAACUGACCCUUUUUCUGCAGAUAGGUAUUUUUACCACUAACUAGCUUGUUGACAAUGCAUUACACAUGCAAAGGUGCACUCUUAGAGAGAUAUGUAAAAGUCAUAGAAACGGGCCUAGUUUGAAUUUUGCGUAUGAAUUGGGGCAUUUGAAAUUGAUCCAAAUCCACAUGUUAACAUUUCUUCCCAUCCCCUCCAUGCGCACACACACCCAGUCUGCAUAUGCAUGCAUACGUAGAUGAUGCAUACAUAUACUUCUGUUAAUCUAACCUAGUGGUUUUCUCUCCAGGCUAACUGUAUAACUGUAGGGAGUUUUUGGGUUUCACAGCAGUGCGAGUGAAUCGGUUUUCCUCAGCAGUGUGUUCUUCUCUUAUUUUUCUUUCUUUUUUUAUUCCUAGAUAUAUUCAGACCGUUAUUAAUCUUAUUCUGAUGACUAUUCUUUGUAAAGCAAAAUGUAGUGCGUAUGCGUGUGUGUGCGUGUGUGGACCCGGAGGGGUUACAGGGGGAGGAUCAAGCCAAACCUGAUGCAUCUAUCUCUAUCUAUCUAUCUAUCUAUGGAUUGAUCCAGCUAUCUUAUCUAUGUGGCCCUCCUCCCUCACUCUUCCUGCCUCUCCUCCCCCCCCCUCAACGUUAUUUGCUGUGUUUGUUCUUUGGAAAAAAUCAAUUUAAAAAAUGAAAAAAUGAAAAUGCUAUCACAAUAAACUAUAAUAAAACAUU